AUGUCUUUACAAGAAAAUAUUGAUGAUGUUAUUGAGAAAAAUCAUGAAAUGCAAGGUUCUUUGCUUGCUUUACGAAAAGAAAUAGCCGAGUUUCAGCCUGAAUGCAAGUUAUGUGAUAAUAUUACAGCUCAGUUCGAAAAAAUUAAAUCUGUGAUUAAAAUCAAAAAAAAUCAAAAUUUAUACGAUGCCAUUAUGUCUAUGAAGAAAAAAGCAAUUUGA